GGCGAGCCCGCGGGGCCAUGAGGCCGGGCGGGUGCAGCCAUGGCCCACGGCAGCGCGGCGGUCAUGCUGAAGUGCGUGGUGGUGGGGGACGGCGCCGUGGGCAAGACGUGCCUGCUGAUGAGCUACGCCAACGACGCCUUCCCCGAGGAGUACGUGCCCACCGUCUUCGACCACUACGCAGUCAGCGUUACCGUCGGGGGGAAGCAGUACCUGCUGGGGCUCUACGACACCGCGGGACAGGAAGACUAUGAUCGUCUGAGACCUUUAUCUUAUCCUAUGACCGAUGUCUUCCUUAUCUGCUUCUCAGUGGUAAACCCUGCUUCAUUUCAAAACGUGAAGGAAGAGUGGGUACCGGAGUUGAAGGAAUAUGCACCUAAUGUUCCCUUUUUACUAGUAGGAACACAGAUUGAUCUUCGUGAUGACCCGAAAACUCUCGCAAGACUGAACGAUAUGAAAGAGAAGCCCAUAUCUGUGGAGCAAGGACAGAAGUUAGCAAAAGAGAUAGGAGCCUACUGCUAUGUGGAGUGUUCAGCUUUAACACAGAAAGGACUGAAGACUGUUUUUGAUGAAGCUAUUAUAGCCAUUCUAACUCCAAAGAAACACACAGUGAAGAAGAGAAUAAGCUCAAGAUGCAUAAACUGCUGUUUGAUCACGUGAGAUACAUUUGACUAUGG